AUGAGUGAUCCGACCUGGUGCGAUAAAUCGCUAUGGCCUCAAAUUAGUGUUGCUUCAGGAGGGAUUUCGUUUUUAACUUCGUUCGUCGCUCAAAUCCCACAACUGAUAGAAACUUAUCGUGACAAGAGUGUUGAAGGGUUAUCACCAGGAUUUCUAUUAUGCUGGCUUUUCGGGGAUAUAACCAGUUUAAUUGGAGCUGUACUUACUCAUCAACUCCCAUUCCAGAUUCUUUUGGCAGUUUAUUAUUUGUCUAAUGACAUGUUGAUAUGUGGUCAAUACUAUUACUACGGUAUUUUACACCGGAAUCAGCUAGCGACUCCAGGCCAUGAGUCUGCUACUUUAGAAGAACGAACACGUUUGGUACGAAGCCGUGGUUCAAACCCCAGUAUUCAAUUGCAACGCGGGUUCAAAUGGUGGAUCUUAUCAUUCUUCGUCAGUCAGCCUGGAACUGUUCAAGGGUUCCCGAUGCCUGUCGUGUCCAUUGCUCAAGCCAUUACUGGAUCCGAAACAGUUUUUCCGUUUAGUAAGCACCGUCCGUCGCCCGUUGUGCCUAUUGAACCACCCCAUACAAGCUUUAUUGGUCAAUUGGCAUCCUGGGUCGGAGCAAUGUCCUAUUUCUGUGCCAGAAUUCCACAAUUGAUCAAGAAUUACAAAAGGAAGAGUACUGAUGGGCUUUCACCCCUCCUCUUUAUAAGUACGUUAAUUGCAAAUGUCACAUACACACUAUCCAUUUUCACCAGUUGCUCUUAUCUCACAGAUGAGGACAAGCUAGGUUUCGUACUCAAUGCAUUACCAUUUAUCGUGGGGAGCGCAGGCACUGUAGUGUUCGAUUUGAUCUACUUCUACCAACACUACGUUUUGUACGCGGAAGACUACAACAUUAGAAGACUUGAAUCUGACGAGUUCACUCCAUUGAUGAAUGACGGAACGGUUUCCCCCCUAUCAACCAAUUCCUAUUAA